CCGUUUGUCCGAACCAAAACAAAGAUUCUCCACUCCAGCUAAGUGAACGAGUACAUCUAAACCGGCUGCUUUCUACCACAACUCUCCUCUUUCUUUUCUCACAUGAAGCAAGGUGACUGCCCAGCGUAUAAAUCUAGCAGUCGGUCAAAACACUGAAUCGGAAUGUGACGCAAGGAGUGAGCGGCAGUGUGGUUUGUCAGUGUUGGACUGCAACCGCCAGCAGCAGCAGCUCGGCACCAUGAGUCUGUACCGGGCAGGCUCCAGUGGCUGGGCAGUCGGUGGGGCUGUCGGCGGGGCGAGAGAAAAAGGAGGAGCAGAUCAUCACAGAGAGCAGCAGCGGCGUUCCAGUGACCGCUCACGGGACUCCUCCCAUGAGAGAGGAGAGAGCCAGCUGACGCCCUGCAUCAGGAACCUCACCUCCCCCACCCGGCAGCACGACCGUGAACGUGGCGACGGAGGCUCGUCCUCCAGAUCCUCCAGUCCACGCGCCCCCAGGGUUUCCGUUCCCUAUUCCCACAUCGGAGGGCCCAUAAUCGGGGGACACAUACCUCGCGUCCUGGGCCCUCCUGGAGCAGACCACCACUUUAAGGCGCUGGGCUCGGGGCCCUGCGAUAUGAUUUAUGUGUAUGACCUCAGCAGUAAGGAGGGGCACCGCAGCGCGCUGAGGCUGGCCGAGAGAGUCACUCUCAUCGUGGAUAACACCAGAUUCGUGGUGGACCCCGCCAUCUUCACCGCUCAACCAAACACCAUGCUGGGCAGGAUGUUUGGUUCUGGUCGGGACAACCAUUUCACGCGACCGAAUGAGAAAGGAGAGUUCGAGGUGGCCGACGGCAUCAGCUCCACCGUCUUCAGAGCCAUUCUGGAUUACUACAAGUCGGGGAUAAUCCGCUGCCCUGACGGCGUUUCCAUUCCUGAGCUGAGGGAGGCAUGUGACUACCUCUGCAUCGCCUUCAACUACAGCACCAUCAAGUGCAGAGACCUCAGCGCCCUGAUGCACGAGCUGUCUAACGACGGGGCCCGGCAUCAGUUUGAGUGUUACCUGGAGGAGAUGGUGCUGCCGCUGAUGGUGGCCAGUGCUCAGAGCGGGGAGAGAGAGUGUCACGUGGUGGUGCUGACGGACGACGACGUGGUGGACUGGGACGAAGAGUACCCCCCCCAGAUGGGAGAGGAGUACUCCCAGAUCAUCUACAGCACCAAGCUGUACCGCUUCUUCAAGUACAUUGAGAACAGAGAUGUGGCCAAGUCCGUGCUGAAGGACCGAGGCCUGAAGAAGAUCCGGCUGGGGAUAGAAGGCUAUCCGACCUACAAAGAGAAGGUGAAGCGGCGUCCCGGAGGUCGCCCAGAGGUCAUCUACAACUACGUCCAGCGGCCCUUCAUCCGCAUGUCCUGGGAGAAGGAGGAGGGCAAGAGCCGCCACGUGGACUUCCAGUGCGUUAAGUCCAAGUCCUCCACCAACCUGGCAGCCGCCGCCGCUGACAUCCCCCAGGACCAGCUGGUGGUCCUGCACCCCCCGGGGCCGCAGGUGGACGAACUGGACACUCUGCCGCAGCCGCCUGGCGACCCCCAUCAGCUGGUGCUGGCACAGGGGCCGGACAACAGCCCUCAGCUCGCACAAGGCCCCCUCCAGCAGGCUCAGGACCCCCACAGCCUGUCCCUCAGCCAGCCGCACAGCAGCAGCUUCUCUCAGGACACAUACCGCUACGAGCCGGACCCCGACACCCCCUCCCCUUCUGCAUGAGGUCACACUGACAGCAACAAGUGCUUCCACACACACACACACACACACACACACACACACACACGCACACACACCAGAACUAGACCUCUCUGAUGAUUGUAAGACUACAGUCCCUGCAGCAGCCAAUAAGCACACAGUUUACCCCCCCAUGCCUCAGUUAAAGAGCUUCUGUACACUUGUUGCUUUCAGUGUGAACCCCCCCCCCUCCACUCCACUCCUGAGUGGCACACACCACUUUGCCUUCUUCAGCACUCAGCUGCAGCCUCUCUCAGGCACCGGGGAGGAGACGAGUCCAGCAGCCAUGAUGGGUGAAGCCCUUCAGCACCCCCCUGUCACUCUCAUUCAUUCAUCUGACCAAAAGACAGUGUGUGUGUGUGUGUGUGUGUGUGUGUGUGUGUGUGUGUGUGUGUGUGUGUGUGUGUGUGUGUGUGUGUGUGUGUGUGUGUGUGUGUGUGUGUGUGUGUGUGUGUGUGUGUGUGUGUGUGUGUGUGUGUGAUGAAAGUGUUAUUGUUUUUCACUAACUGUAGUCUGUGGCGGACGUCCUCAGUCUGCGUCCACAGUGUCCACUCUGCACAGGUCUGUCUCCUCAGUGAGCACACAGGAUGUCAGAGGAGAGGUUCAACACAAUGUUUUUAUAAUAAAGGUUAUUCACAACC